AUUUUUUCUUAUUAUUAUUAUUAUUUGAUUUCUUCUUCAAUUCUUUAUUCAUGGAGUUUCCCGUUCUUGUCAAAGAAGAACAAAUUGAAUCAAUCGGAGAACCUUUACCAGUCAAGCUCAAGCUCAAUCCAAACCCAUCUUCUUCUUCUUCUUCGCCAAUAUUAAUUAACUUAGAUUCCGACUCCGAUUCCGAUAUGGCGGAGAAGGAGGACGAUAAUGCUUUACCGGUGGGGUUUUUUAAUCCAGAACAACAACCAUUGUUGUUGCCGUCUCAAUCUGGUGGUGGUUUGAAGCUUGCGCGUAAGGGGGGUUGUAAACAGUUCUGGAAAGCGGGGGAUUACGAGGGCUCCCCCUGUAAUAGUGACUGGACAUCUCCAUUAGGUGGCAUGGAUCACGUCAGGGUUCAUCCAAAGUUUCUUCAUUCAAAUGCAACCAGUCACAAGUGGGCUCUUGGAGCUUUUGCUGAGCUAUUGGAUAAUGCAUUGGAUGAGGUCUGCAGCGGUGCUACAUAUGCAAAUAUUGAUAUGGUGACUAAUAAGAAAGAUGGGAGCAGAAUGUUGCUAAUUGAAGAUGAUGGUGGUGGCAUGAAUCCGGAUAAGAUGCGGCAUUGCAUGUCAUUGGGAUAUUCUGAGAAAAGCAAAUUAGCAAACACCAUUGGACAAUAUGGAAAUGGUUUUAAGACUAGUACAAUGAGGCUUGGUGCAGAUGUGAUUGUGUUUUCUCGUUGCCAGGGAACAUCUGGAAAAAGCCUCACAAAAAGUAUAGGCCUAUUAUCCUAUACAUUUCUGAGAAGCACUGGGAAAGAAGACAUUGUAGUUCCCAUGCUUGAUUAUGAAAGCGAGGGGGAGGGAUGGAGGAAGAUGGUGCGUUCUUCUCUCAGUGACUGGAAUAAAAAUUUGGAGACUAUUGUAGAAUGGUCUCCAUUUUCUACUGAAGGAGAGCUUCUUCGCCAGUUCUCAAUGAUAAAAGGCAAUGGAACAAGAAUAUACAUAUACAACCUUUGGGAGGAUGAUGAAGGACAGUUAGAGCUUGAUUUUGAUUCUGAUCCACAUGAUAUACAAAUUAGGGGGGUAAAUCGAGAUGAGAAGAAUAUACAGAUGGCUAAACAAUUCCCCAAUUCCAGGCACUUCUUGACUUAUCGACACUCAUUGAGGAGCUAUGCAUCAAUAUUGUACUUGAGGCUUCCUCCUGGUUUUCGAAUUAUGCUUCGAGGGAAAGAUGUCGACCACCAUAAUAUUGUAAAUGAUAUGAUGUUCUCUGAAAAGAUCAAAUACAGGCCUCAACCUGGUCCUGAAGGGAUCUCUAAAGAUGUCAAUAUGGUUGCUGAUGUCACCAUUGGGUUUGUUAAGGACGCAAAGCAUCACAUAGAUGUUCAAGGAUUUAAUGUUUAUCACAAGAACAGAUUGAUUAAGCCCUUUUGGAGGCUUUGGAAUGCUGCAGGAAGUUCGGGUCGUGGAGUUAUAGGUGUAUUGGAAGCCAACUUUGUUGAACCUGCUCAUGAUAAGCAGGGAUUUGAGCGUACAACCGUUCUUUCAAGACUCGAGACACGCCUUGUACAAAUGCAGAAGCAUUAUUGGUCUAAUAAUUGCCACAAAAUUGGCUACCAGUCUCAACGUAAGCACCUCAAUGGAAACGAUAGAGAAAAAUCUCCUGAUUCUAUAAUAAAUAAUACUCUUCCAAUGAAAAGGAGAAGUGAUUACUUAAGUGAUAGAACUCCAGCUCAUAACUUCAGUGAUAGAACUCCAGCCCAUAACUUAAGUAAUAGAACUCCAGCUCCAGCUGCAGAAAGGCACUUUAAUCAGAAAGGAACAAGUAAUUUAAAUUCGUCGAUUCCUCAUGAGCAAAUCAGCGAUAAUAGUGAUGAUAGCUCAUACACUCCUAUGAGCGAGAAGUACAGUAAUGGCGGUAAUGAUAAGACAAUCCCAGCUGAGAGAACAUUUAACACCCCCAGCCCACCCAUGGCUCGGAAAGAUAGUAGUGUAUUCGGUGGAAGAAGUUUUCAUUUCACUCCGGUGAAUGUACAUAAGAAAAGUUCUGUUGAUCAUACCAGGCAUUCUCCUUCAGAGUCAGAGUCAAACUCCCUCAUUGUGGAGCAGUUGAGAAAAGAAAAUGCUGAAUUAAAAGAGAAAUUGAAUAAAAUCGAAGGAGAUGUUUUAGGUGAAGUACUGCAGGAUUUGCAGUACGAAAAAGACAGAUGCAAGACUUUAGAGAUUCAGCUGGAAGCAUCACAACAAAAAAUCGACGAGUUGAACAAGGAACAAGAGAGCCUUAUCGAUAUUUUCUCAGAGGAAAGGGAUCGACGAGACACUGAGGAACAGAAUCUGAGAAAUAGGCUACAGGAGGCAUCAAAUACCAUCCAGGAGUUGCUUGACAGAGUAAGGAUUCUGGAAAGGUGAAGACACCAUUUAAUCGAAUCUUAUAGAGAGCAGUGAUAGCCAUGCCAUGUACAUACGACAUAACUAAAUUUACGUUCAAGAUUCUGUUGGUUAUGGGGAAUUCCAAUUGGGGGGUUCAUCUUUGGUAUAUGGAUGGCUUUCCAAUCCUAUUUUGAAGACUAAUCUGAUUAGAGAGAGAGAGAGGAUCUCAAUAGCUGUAUAGUUUAGUCAUGUCUUUUAGUUUUAGUACUUUUGACCAUUAUUUUCUACUGUACAAAAUGAAGAGUUGGGAAUGAGGAGCUACUAGAGGCCUAUUUUACUAAUUGGCUGUUUUGCCAUUUGACCUUUUGGGAUUAAAAUUAGUGGUCCAAUCCAAUGUAAAUGAUUCAUUUUUUACAUUACAAUAUAUUUUUAUUAGCUACGAA